AUGGCAUCCACUACUAGUAUGCGUAUACCAGCUCCAGUAUGGCUAUACUUUGAUCCUCCUAUUGAAGUCGAAUCGGGUAAAAAAAAAGCUAGAUGUAAGCUAUGCUCGACAGAUAAUUACCUUACUGUGAAUAAUAGUGGUACUUCCAAUUUGCGUACCCACGUUAUCAAUAUUCACAAAAUCGACAUCCUAAGUAUUUUGAGUUCUGAAGAUUUAGCUACUUUAUUUUCUCAGUCCGGUGAACAUCUUCUUAGAGAAAUGUUGGUCAAGUGGAUUGUAAAGGAUUGCCUUCCGUUUACUACUGUUGAGUCAGAAAGCUUUCAUAAAUUAUUUGAGGUAAUUAAAAAGCUAGAAGGUAAUAUUACAAUUCCAUCUGCAAGUACAAUUAAAAGAGAUCUAUUAGAAUAUUACUUGGUAUCAAAGGCUUCAUUAAAAGAAACACUAGGAAAUAACUCGAGUAAGAUUUCACUUACCACAGACAUAUGGACUAGUAAUAGUUGUAAGGCAUUUAUAGGAGUUACGGCCCAUUGGCUUGAUAAUAAUUGA